AUGUUAUUAAAGACAACUUAAGGAAACAUGUCUGCAUGGUCUAAUCUAAAGUCAUAAUCAAAUCUGUUAGUUUCAGCAGUAAAUGAUUAAUGGGGGUAUUUUUAAUUAUCAAUAACUUAAGCUCUUAAUUAUAAUUUAAUUCAUUUAACCUCGGAUAGAAGAACACGUCAACAUCUAUCAUUGGCACAGUUUCAAGUAAAGAUGCAAUUUCGUGUUUGGCUUGGGAAAAUUUUGCUCCGGAAACUUAUCCUAUGGGUUUAGUAGCUGCAGGAACAACAGAAGGUUACGUGGCACUUUAUGAUGCAAAUUCAGCAAUUAAUUAAGAGGAAGAAAGCUGUGUUGCUAUGAUUGAUUAAUUGUAUGAGGGACCUGUGACUGCUAUAGAAUUUAAUGAGUUUAAACCAAAUUUAAUAGCUUUAGGAGGUUAAGAUGUGUUAGUAAUAUAUUAAAAUAUUUUAGAUUGCUGAUAUCAUCAAAGAUAUUUAAAAUCCAUAAGUUUUUGGACCUGGAAAUCCUAAUCUUCAUGAAGAUAGUUCAAUUACAGCUGUUUCUUGGAAUAAGAAAAUAUUGCACAUAUUAGCAUCAGCAUCUUAGAAUGGUUUGACUGGUGUUUGGGAUUUGAGAAAUAAUAAGCCAAUAUUUAGUUUUUAGGAUAGCAGUGCUAUUAGCAAUAAAAAAGUAAGUUUAUUGUGGAAUCCAGAAAUUCCAACAUAAAUAGCUGUUGCAUAUGAUGAUGAAAGAGCACCAGAAUUAUAAAUUUGGGAUUUAAGAAAUCCUUAAGGACCAACAAUUGUUUUUAGUUAAGUUCAUAGAUCUGGAAUAAACAGUCUCUCCUGGUGUCCAAAUGAUCAUUCCUUAAUAUUGACAGGAGGUAGAGAUGGAUAAGUAGUGUGUUGGAAUUACAAGACUUAAUCAGUUGUAAGUUAAGAACAAUUGGACUUUGAAAUAGCAGAUUUAAAAUGGAGUAAAAGGGUUACAUCAGUUUAUUCAAUUUCAAGUGCAGAUGGUUAAACAAGUAUUAGAAGCUUACCAAGUGGUAAGGAAGGUUAUGCACCAAAAUGGUUAAAGCCUCCUGUAGGAUCAGCAUUUGCAUUUGAUUAAUUGGCAUGUUUUAAAGAAAAUAAUUCUGCAAUCUAAACCUAUUAGAUUGCUAAAACUGAUCCAGAUAAUAUUUUUGAAAGUUUUAAUGCAUUUUGUUCUGUAGAUUCAGACUAAAAUAGAAUUCAAUUAGAAAUCGAAAAAUAACAUGAUCAAUAAUAUACAUAAUAUUGGAAAUUAAUAAAUUCAGUUUAAAAAGAAGAUAAAAAAGAAUAUUUAGCUACAUUGGGAUUUUCUGUAAAGGAAAUUACACAAUAAACAGAAAAUUAUACUGGAAAAAGACAUGCUAAGAAGGAUGAUCAAAGUAAAAAGAAAAAUUCGGCUCCUUAAAGACCUGCAAUUGAUUUUGCCACAAUUACUGAUUAAGAUGCAGAUUCAUUUUUCAAUGAUUUAACUAAUUAAUCACUCAACAAAUAAUAAUAAACCAAUAAUAGCAGGAAUUAAGAUGUUGAAAUCUUUUAAUCUGAAUAAGUAUCAAAAAAUACUAAUUGGAAUGUUGGAGUUGAGAAAAUAAUUAAAGACAACCUAAUAGUUGGUAAUUAUGAAGGCGCUAUUGAUUGUGCUUUGAAAUGUGGUAGAUCUGCAGAGGCUCUAUUAUUAGCUUAUUCUCAAAGCAAAGAAAUAUUUGAAUAAACAAUGAAUACUUUUCUAACAACAUAAACAGACUACUUCUUAAAAAAUGUGUUAAAACAUAUUGUUCUAAAACACCCAGAUGAAAUAGCCAAAAAUUUUGAAUUAAACACUUGGAAAGAAUGUGCUGCUAUGGUGUUAAAUAGUGAUAAUACAGGAUAAUUCCAUAAAAUUAUGGAAUAAUUAGGAGAUAGAUUUAUUGCUGAAAGAAAAGAUGAAUUCAAUGCUCUUUAAUGUUACAUCCUUGCAAUGAAUGGUGAAAAAUGCAUUAAGAUUUUAACUAAUCAUAAUAAUUCAUUAAAAGAGUUAACUGAGGCCAUUAAACUCUUAAUUGUUAUUCAGGAAUAUUCACUCUAGGAAAGUGAAAUAUUUGACCAUAUUUUUGAUAGCUUGCUACUAAAAUUUGCUAAUUCUGCAAUAUAGCAUAACUAAUAUUUAUCAGCUGCUUAUGCUCUCAAUUUUUCUUCUCCUGAUUGUCAAAGAGCUUUAGAAUUAUUAGAUUUAAUUUACAAAGGAAAUCAUAAAGACAGAAGUAUAAUACAGAAAAUUAUGGACAAACCAACUUUCCCAUUUAAAUAUGAAUAAAUUAAAAUGGGCAUAGUUAAAUAAACAUAAGCCUAACCUGUUCAUGCUCCUAAUUAACCUGUAUCCAGACCCACAAGACCUGCUGUUAACUAACACUAAGAAGAUCAUAAUGUAAGAUAGUAGACUUAAUAAAAUCCUAAUCAAAAUGCCUCAGCAAUAAAUAAUCCUUUUGGCCCCAAUGUUGCAAAAGUUGCAGAAGAUCCGUAAAAUUAAAAUUUAUUAUUUAGAGUUCCACCUCCAAAUAGACGACAAGUACAAAAACCUACUCCACCAGUGAAAACUGCUCCUCCACCAAAUUAGCCUAAGAAAUAAGAAGCAUAAAAUAUAUAACCUCCACCUUUUGUUCAAGAACCUUUUAGAUAAGAAUAAUAAUAGCCAUAAGUUGUUCCACCUCCUUAACCUCCUCCAAAACAUCACGUAGCACCCCCUCCUCCUCCUCCUUAACCAUAACCAAAUAUAUAAUAAACUUUACCUUAGUAGCCAUUUUAAUAAUAAUAACAUCAGCAACAAGUUAAUUAAUAACAAUAGUGGCAAUAAGAGUAAUAAUAAUAAAAUAAUUAAUAAUAACUAUUCAAUUAAAGAACUCAACAAAAUGCUGUUUAAGAGAUUAAGCAACCAACUUAAUAAGGAAAGGGUGUCCCUCCUCCUCCAGCUCCACAAAGAAGAGGACCACCUCCUCCACCAAAGAAGUAAUGAAUAAUAUUUACCGUAUAAAUAAAUAUUAAAAUAAA